AUGUCCCUCGGGACAUGGUCGAUAGGAGAGUCGAGGUUGUCGCCGUCUCAAAGCUUUGAAGAUGCCGCCGCUCCUCUCGUCACUUUCUUGCAAAACGCUAACGCUGUUCAGGAACUGCGUGCUGAUAAACAGUAUAAUCUCCAGAUGCUUAAUGACCGCUACCAGAUUGGUCCAGAUCAAAUAGAGGCAUUAUAUCAGUAUGCAAAAUUCCAAUUUGAGUGUGGCAACUACUCUGGUGCUGCUGACUAUCAGUAUCAGUAUCGGGCUUUAUGUACUAACAGCGAAAGGAGCUUGAGUGCAUUGUGGGGGAAGCUUGCUGCCGAGAUACUGAUGCAAAACUGGGAUAUUGCUCUUGAAGAACUUAAUCGUUUGAAAGAAAUAAUCGAUUCCAAGAGCUUCUUAUCACCUUUGAACCAAGUUCAGAGUAGAAUAUGGCUUAUGCAUUGGAGCCUCUUCAUCUUUUUCAACCAUGACAAUGGAAGAACACAGAUCAUUGACCUAUUUAAUCAAGACAAAUAUGUCACUUUAACAACUAAACUUAAGGGAAGAAGUAGAUGAGUUGUGCCGAACAUUGGAAGAGAAAGAGGACAGUUCAUGUACUGCCUCAGAUCAGUUUUCUUGUAUCACAAUAUAAUGAACCUUGCUAAACAAGUUAUGCGUGCAAUUUAGUUGGAGAGGUUUUUUGUUAGGUCAUGUAAGACUUUUGUUGGUUAAACUAUUAGAAAUUCAAGAGCAAAUUGGGUCCUCUAAUAUAAAAAUGAGCAAUUUAGUCCUUAUAUAA